UUGUCGGCCAUGGAUCAAGAGGGCUCCACGCCAGCUCAACUAGAUCAACUCUUCGAUAUUGCUGGCAACGAUCAAGUUGUCUACCACCAGAACAACAACAAAGCACCAGGGGGCCUUGAUCACAAGUCUGAUAUCCCAUUUUACUACAGACCACCGGAGUCCGCAACCCCUUCGCCAGCUCCAACGCCUAACUUUUCUGACUACAACUUCGGUCAGCAAUCCAGUGGAUAUCCUACCCCGGGCCCCAACACCGCCCACUCAUACCCCAUUGAACAGCAACAAUGCUUCCAUCCUAACCAAGCUGUUCCCCUGGAAUUUCGCCAGCGCCCUCAGCCUGUCCGCUCGCCCACAACCACUUUGUUCCUCCAACCUUCUCAACCACCGCCUGGGUACGCGCGCCGUCGCUCCUUCGGCCAAGGCGAUGGCGAUCACAUCGCUGCAAUCAACGUCCAAGUCCCAAACCCGACAUUUAUGCGUAUGCAAGCUCCACGCUCCCGUUCCGCUAUACCAAGCAAACAUUCGCACAAGCGUCGCGCCGGCCGGCAUAGUGGAAGCACAGGCCAAGAGUCCACCAGCAGAGGUAGUCAUACACGAGGCAAUGUCCCUACCAGCGUGCCAUACUACGUCAACGGCAUGGUGCCUACACAUAUAGGAACCCCUUUAUCACCCGAUAGAUAUGCUGGAGGGCAUGCUGGGAGUGAGGUGGUGAUCCGACACAUGGUGGGGCCGGUGCAGAUGGAGCGCAGCCAGAAGGUUAUUGAGAUUGGAGCGCUGGCGGUGAGGACUUCGCUGGAUACGGCGUUGAUGAAGAAGCUGGAAGACGUGGAGCGGUACCUCAAGGAUGGAGAUGGAGAUCGUGAGGAGGCACUAAAAGGUUGGAAGACUAUCAGGGAAGUACUAAUGAGGAGAGUG